CAGUCUAUACUGUCAACAAAGGAAGUUGUCUCCACAGCGCGCUUGGAAAUGAUUAAUCCAGUUGAUAACUGAAACAUGGAAGACCUGACAACUCUUGUUCGACAGCAACACAAAUUCAACGUUGACAGACUUCAAAAAUAUCUGUCUGUCAAGUCACUCGUGUCAAAAAAUGUCGCACUAACUGUCAGACAGUACAGCUUUGGUCAGUCAAACCCAACCUUCCUAAUCCAAACCCCGUCAGUCAGCUAUGUCCUCAGGAAGAAGCCUCCAGGUGAGCUGCUGCCAGGAGCACAUAAGGUGGACAGGGAGUAUCGGGUGCAGAGGGCCCUGUUCUCUGCUGGCUUCCCUGUACCUCAGCCGGUCUUGCACUGCACUGAAGCUGAAAUUAUUGGAACAGAGUUCUACUUAAUGGAGCAUGUGAAGGGGCGUAUAUUCAGGGAUCUUCGUCUCCCUGGAGUGAGUCCAGUAGAGAGAACAGCUCUUUAUGUGGCUGCAGUGGAAACGCUGGCAAAGCUACACUCACUGGACCUGCCAUCACUGAACCUUGAAGGGUAUGGAAAAGGAUCAGGUUACUGCAAGAGACAAGUGUCCACCUGGACAAAGCAGUACAUGGCCGCAGCCCACAAAGACAUUCCAGCCAUGAAUGAACUCUCUGACUGGUUGAUGAAGAAUUUGCCAGCCAACGAUAACGAGGUCACGCUUGUCCAUGGAGAUUUUCGAGUGGACAACUUGGUAUUCCAUCCAACAGAGGCACGUGUGAUAGCAGUGUUGGACUGGGAGCUUUCUACCACUGGGCAGCCCUUGGCAGACUUUGCCUACUUCCUCAUGCCUCACUACUGGCCUUCAAGAUUUAACAUCAUCAGCACAAUGGGCAGUUUACAAGGAAUAGAAGGUAUCCCAACUGUGGAUGACCUGAUCUCCAUUUACUGCCGGUGCCGGGGGAUCCCAGCUGCUUUGCCAAACUUGAAUUUCUACCUAGCUUUGUCUGUGUUUAAAAUGGCUGGAAUUGGCCAGGGGGUCUAUGCACGCCACCUACUGGGUAAUGCCAGUGCUCCCAAUGCAGCUGAGUUUGGCCAGUGUGUGGAGCCUUUGGCUAAGAUUGCUUUGCAUCUUGCAGAGAGGUCUGUCACAGCUCCAACAGAACGGUCCGACGGUCUGUUUCUCCAGACAGCUAAAGGGCGGGCUGUUCUCCAGCAGGUCAAAGACUUCAUGAGACAAUACGUGCUUCCUGCUCAGCAGGAAGUUGCAGAGUACUACUCCAAACAUGCUCAGUCUCCACAGAGGUGGCACACCCCACCAAUAAUAGAAGAUCUAAAGGUGAAAGCCAGGGAGGCGGGGCUAUGGAACCUGUUCCUGCCUGCGGUGAGCGGUCUCAGUCAGCUGGACUACGCCUAUAUCGCCGAGGAAACUGGACGCUGCCUCUUUGCCCCUGAAGUCUUCAACUGCCAGGCUCCAGACACGGGAAAUAUGGAGGUGCUCCACAUGUUUGGCAGUGAGGAGCAGAAGAAGAAAUGGCUGGAGCCUCUGCUCAGAGGGGAGAUCCGCUCCUGCUUCUGUAUGACAGAGCCUGAUGUGGCCUCCAGUGAUGCGACCAACAUGGAGUGCACUCUUUAUAGGGAUGAAGACAACUAUGUCAUCAACGGCAAGAAAUGGUGGAGCAGUGGUGCUGGCAAUCCCCAGUGCAAAGUGGCCAUUGUGAUGUGCAGGAGCGGAUCUCAGGAUGUUAGCAGCAGGCAUGGCCAACACAGUAUGAUCCUUGUCCCUAUGGACACACCAGGUGUAAAGCUUGUCCGACCGCUCACUGUGUUUGGACAGGAUGACGCCAUCCAUGGUGGCCACUUUGAAGUGCACUUUGAAAAUGUGCACGUCCCUGCCUCCAACAUUAUUCUCGGAGAGGGCAGGGGAUUUGAGAUUGCCCAGGGUCGUCUGGGGCCAGGCAGGCUGCACCACUGUAUGAGAGCUGUUGGUGUGGCAGAGUUGGCACUGGAGCUGCUGUGCCAUCGAGCUGCCUCCAGGAACGCAUUUGGAAAGAAACUGUACCAACAUGAAGUUGUGGCUCACUGGAUAGCAGACUGUCGUCUCGUGAUUGAACAGACCCGCCUGCUGACGCUGCAUGCUGCUAAUGCCCUGGAUACACAGGGCAGCAGGGCCGCUCGCAAACAGAUUGCUAUGAUAAAGGUGGCAGCAGCCAGGAUGGCGUGUAAGGUGGUGGACUGUGCUAUACAGGUCUAUGGAGGUGCCGGUGUGUCUGGAGACUUCCCAUUAGCACAGAUGUAUUCAUAUGUGCGGACUCUACGCAUUGCUGAUGGGCCAGAUGAGGUGCACCUCUCCUCCAUAGCUCGUCUGGAACUGAGGGAUCAGCUGAAGAGGGCACAGGCUAAGCUCUAAAGUAACUGACAUGAAGCCACAACAGUUUUACAAAAUUGCAAUUUGCCUUGUACAAAUGAUGUAAACCCCAAAUGAUCAUUUGUAUGUGUAUUUGUUUAGAAAACGCUUGCAUGCCUCCUGUAAACAAAGAAUAAAAAAAGUUCUUGAUGAACUUCAGUCAUAAGAUACUGUUUUUAACAACAGCAAACCACAUCAAAACAUCCUUUUACAGACUCUUGCACAACUCAUGCAGUAUAAUCCAAAUCUCAUUUAUCUAGACAUACAGUCCAUACCUCCCAAACAGAUAGCUGAGCAACUGAACUGAUCUGGAUGUGUAAUGAAUCAAUACUUUCUUUAAAGUUAGACUGUGUCCUGGUUGAACACAGCAGCUGCUGGUCUUCUGCUGACUAAGUCAGUAAGUAAGUAGAUUUUUAAUUUUUUGACUUUAGUGAAUCAGAACUAAACAUUUAAAACACUCUAGUAACACAAUAAAACAAACUAAUUGUGGCUGUAGACUGGUGCAGAUUGGCUGGUGGUUAAAUUAUCUGGCCAUAGAGAGAGAUGUGUUUGUAGGUGUGGCCCCUGAGAAGAGGCGACAAACCAGGAAAUAAACAUUUUAAAGGUUUCUUAUUAUCGCUGAAACAUCAUGACAUGAAUCUAUUGCUGUGCGCUAUUUUUGGUCCCAACAAUAACACAUCAGCCCUCUUUAGUACUAUAUAUAUAAUUACUUGACCAGCAAAGACAUGAACAAAAGAUCCCGAUCAGGAUUCGUACUGGUGAUCAAUGGUAGGAAAAUAUAACUAAACAUGCGCGCUACCGUUAAACCAUGUGAGCCAAUCCAUAUCUCUGUCAGCCAGGUAUAUAUAAUCGUCAGUACUAGUGUGAUUAUACUCAUAAGUAAACGUUUCAUAUGAUACAACUUAAUGCAUCUAAAAUCUGAGCAUAUUUAAGUAUAUUGUGGCCAUACAUAUAGCCUAAUUUUUAAUAAAAACCCUGAUAACGUUAUCUAUGCCGCCGAUCAUUUCACUUUACCACACUCGUGCCUACUAUUAUCAUCAUCGCAUAACAUUAAAGCU